GGCUUCUAUAUAAGAUGCUCUCUCUUGGUCUCUGAAUCGUGUGAAGGAAGAAGAAAUAAAGAAGAAGAUGAGGAGCAAACUGCAGUUGCUCAUGAUUUUUAUCAUUUGUGCUGCUCCUUUGGUUACCAGCUGGUCUCCUAAUGGUGGACACAGAAGGAACAAAGAGAACUCUACUCCAAGAUGGUUUGCCGACCCCAAGUCCUGGAAUUCUGAACUUUACCCCAUUUGGAAGGCUGGAGACUCCAGGUGGCAUGAGAGUUGGAAAGGAGGACCAAUUUCAGUUGAAGUUAACAACGACGCUCCCACUUUAACUGGAGCUAAAUCCACCUUCUACAUUAACUUGAAAUUCCCCAGGAAUCAGACGAUUCAGUCCGAUGGACAGAUUGUUUGGGCUGAAAACUGCACUCUGAAUGGCACACACGUAAAUGCUGGAGAGCCAGUAUAUCCUAAUGAUACACUGCAGAAUGAUGAUGAGGUGUUUCCAGAUGGAAAACCCUUUCCAAGAAUCUCUAACAAGAAAGGAUCCAAAUUUAUCUUCGUCUGGCAAACACUUGGGAAGUACUGGCAGGUGAUGGAUGGUCCCUCCUCUCUGCUGGCCAUUGACACAGCAGAUAUCCCAUUAGGUUCCUUUACCAUGGAGGUGGCUGUGUAUCAUUGUCGUGGACGUGAGAAAUUCAUUCCAAUUGGAAAAGCUGCUUCGCAGUUUACAAUCACAGAUCAGAUUCCAUUCUCUGUUGAGAUUUCCCAGAUCAGUGAUCUCAAUGAUGCAGACAACAGCUUCAUACAGAACCGGGCUAUUCUAUUUGGAGUUAAACUCCACGAUCCUAGCCAAUAUUUAAAAGAUGCUGAUGUCAGCUUCACUUGGGAUUUUGGAGAUGGCAGUGGUACCCUAAUCUCCCGGGUCCACGCAGUGACACACACCUACCUCUCAACAGGAGUUUUCAAACCACAAGUAGUCCUACAAGCGGCCAUACCAUCUACCGUGUGCAGCACAGCCAAUCCGACUGCUGAGAGUUUAAAUCCGAUGAUCUCAACUAUGGCCUUUGACCCUACAUCAGCUCCCCCAAUUGUGACUCCUGAACUGACUGUGUCCCCUGUAUCUAGCCAGCCAACUGCAGGGGAAGUUUCCACAGGAAAUACAGCUCCUUCUCAACCACCAACAAUUGAACCUAUAGCUGUAUCUUCUCCAGUGUCUGAUUUCCCAGUACCACCAGCUCAGCAGGAACCAGUCAUAAUUCCCACUGUCACAGGGGACCCUGUCCCAAUUCCUUCUUCCACCGUCAAUUCUAUUGCCCCUGAUGAAACUUUAAAUGCAGCCACUGCUGUUUCAGAACAAGCUUUAAAUGCAGCAAGCCCUGUUACUGGUGAAGCUAUAAAUGCGGCAACUGCGGCCCCAGAACAAGCUUUAAAUGCAGCAAGCCCUGUUACUGAUGAAGCUUUAAGUGCAGCAACUGCGAUCCCAGAACAAGCUUUAAAUGCAGCAAGCCCUGUUACUGAUGAAGCUUUAAAUGCGGCAACUGCGACCCCAGAACAAGCUUUAAAUGCAGCAAUGCUGGUCAUUGAUGACGCUUUAAAUGCAGCAACUGCAGCCCCAGAACAAGCUAUAAAUGCAGCAAGCCCUGCUACUGACGAAGUUAUAAAUGCAGCAACUGUGGCCCCAGCACAAGCUAUAAAUGCAGCAACCCUGGUCACUGAUGAAGCUUUAAAUGCGGCAACUGCGGCCCCAGCACAAGCUACAAAUGCAGCAACCCUGGUCACUGAUGAAGCUUUAAAUGCGGCAACUGCGGCCCCAGCACAAGCUAUAAAUGCAGCAACUCUGGUCACUGAUGAAGCUUUAAAUGCGUCAACUGCUGCCCCAGCACAAGCUAUAAAUGCAGCAACCCUGGUCACUGAUGAAGCUUUAAAUGCGGCAAUCAGUGUUUCAGAGCAAGCUAUAAAUGCAGCAACUACCAGUGCAACUAUAAAUACAGCAACACUUGCCACUGAUGAAGCUACAACUGCAGCAACCUCUAUCACUGCCUCAGAACAACCAACUGAUGAACUUGCCACGAUGCUGAUUCCAGACACUGAGACAACUGCCAUAGGCACGAAUGAGGGAUUGCUGCUGGUGAAACGACAGGCUCUUGAAGACUCAGCAGAUAACUGCUUUAUCUAUCGUUAUGGCACCUUCAUGACUACCAUUAAUACCAUCCGGAGUAUUGAAAGUGUGGAAAUUGUGCAAAUAUCAAAUGUGGCACCAGGUUCUGUGUCAGAGAUGCAGCAAAAUGCUGUGGAUUUCACAGUGACCUGUCAGGGAAGCUUCCCAAGUGAGAUUUGUACUGUCGUCUUGGAUGCAGACUGUAUAAAUCCCCAGCAAACUGACUGCAGUGAAGUGCUACCUGCUGAUGAAUGUCAGCUUAUCCUUCGCCAAUUCUUCAACUCCUCUGGAAUUUAUUGUGUAAAUGUUUCGAUGACCAAUGCAGUCAGCUUGGCUGUUGCCAGUGCGCGUGUUAAUGUGAACCCAACUACAGGUGGGAUGCCAAAUACCACUGAGGCGCUAGUACUGGUUGGGAUGUUGCUCAUUGCUAGCAUCAUUGGAGUUGUAGCCAUUACCUACAGGAAGUACAAGGAAUAUGCUCCAUUGCAGCAGGAUCCCUCGAGGAUUCAUUCCGAGUGGAUUCCAGACAGAGGAGCGGUGAACAUUUUCCUGAGAAAUAUGUUCAGCCGUCAACGGAGUGGAGUCGGCGAGAACAGUCCCCUGCUGCACGGGUGUGUCGUCUGAGACAUUUUGCAUGAGCUAUUAAAGCAGAUUCAUGUAACUAAUAAAAUAUAAUCG